AUGAGAGACACUGUGCUUAGCAUCAUCGACUGCUUGGAGGAUGAGUCCACGGCACGGAUACGUGUUGGGUUGGACGAUCUUGAUGAGCUCUUACAGCAAUUAGUCCCGUAUAUCAGGGCCUGGAGACAGAAUCCUAAUGGAAUAAAACAUCCAAAAUUGGUUCAAUUCGAGAGUCUUCAAGAUCUGUUUGAGUCGAACAUAACAAAUGCAUUACUUCUGGUUUAUAACUACUUGCUUCGUCAUUUGGAUGACGCGUCAACGCCACUUAGGGUUUAUUUCCCCAUGAUUUUAACUGCCAAUCGAUUACUCCAAGGUAUUUUACUUAUCCAUCCAAAUUCAAGAAAUAUAUUAAGCAGGGCAAAGAACAUGAAGUUGAUACUAUCUGGCAGCAGUAGUCAUAGCAAUGGAAACACCAACUCCAUCAGUAUUGAGGUGUCCAUCUCUUUCAUAUCGUUACUAAUACACAUCUUGCUUAAAAAUUUACAGAAUUUUAGGGUUUUCGAAGAUAAUGAUGGUUGUGCCAUUGUUAUUCGAAAACUAGAACUCACCACCUCCAUCAGCGAUACCCAGCCAACAAGCUCGCCUUCUCUGCCCAAUAAGAUCUUCAAUCAACAAGAUCUCAACUUUAAAAUCAUCGAAUUCUUAGUCUUCUAUCUCAUUGAUGAAACUGAAAUCUUCCCCCAUCAAAAUAAUACCCACAACAAAUUGAAAAUCAGGUCCCUCAAGGAAAAAGCAGAGUUCUUUAGACCUGAAUUCCUCGGUAUAGACGAUCUCAUCGAACAUUUAAACCAUUUGAAGAACUUGUAA